AUGAAGCUCCUGCGGGAUCCAGACGGGAUCAGGAUGAUGCUCCCUCUGUGGAGGGGGACCUGGGGGACCUGCAGGACCUGGGGAGGGAAGCGGCUGAAGGUGGCCGCCAGCGUCCCCCGGGAGAGCCUGGUGUCGCUGGGCACCUGCUUCGGGAAAUUCACCAAGACGCAGAAGUUCCGGCUCAGCGUCACCGCCCUGGACUUCCUGGCGCCCUACGCCAAGUACAAGGUGUGGGUGAAGCCCGGCUCGGAGCAGUCCUUCCUCUACGGCAACCACGUCCUGAAGUCGGGCCUGGGCCGGAUCACGGAGAACACGGCCCAGUACCAGGGCGUGGUGGUGUACUCCAUGGCCGACAUCCCGCUGGGCUUUGGGGUGGCCGCCAAGUCCACCCAGGAGUGCCGUAAGGUGGACCCCAUGGUCAUCGUGGUGUUCCACCAGGCCGACGUCGGGGAGUACGUGCGGAGUGAGGACACGCUGACCUAA